AUGGUCAGCUCCUACGAGCAUUUCGUCGCCUUCGGCGUUGAUAAUGGCGGCCUUGAGAGGCUCCUCCGCCUCUUCCAGUCAUUUUUCAUGAUCCUGACGUCUUACCCCGUCCUGAUCGCCCAGCUCAUGCCCACCCGCCCGGUCUCGGUCCACAUGGCCACCGAGACCUGCCUCAAGCAGCUGCAGGGAACCCUCAACGUCACCCGCCGCACGUUCCGCCUGUUCCGCUUCCUCGAGACGUUCAACGCCUCCUACGCCCUCUACCUGACUGAGACCAAGACCAUCGAGACGUGGCUCGACGUCGCGAGCAAGUCGUCGCUGGCCACCUUCGGCAUGCUCGAGUCCGUCACCCUGCCUGACCUGCUCGGUGUCGACCACCUGGAGUUCUUCGGCCCCGCCCAGACCAUCAAGAUCAACGUGGACGCCCAGAUCUUCUGGUUCAUCGGUCUCUACACCUCCGCCGUCAGCACGGCGAUCAAGCUCGUGCGUAUCCUGGCGUACUCUCCUGUCCCCCAGACUGGCGAGGGCUUUGGUACCGGCAAGGACAGCAAGGAGCAGUCAGAGAAGGAGGAGAGCAAGGAGGAGAAGGUUGAGAGCGAGAAGAAGCUGCUCAAGGAGGCUGCCGAGAAGCGCAAGGAGGAGCGCAAGGAGUGGGCCAAGAAGGUCAGCAAAGAGACGAGCCUCCUCGGUCAGAAGCUCCUCGCCGAUGUUCUCGAUCUCAUCAUUCCCGCUUCCGUCAUGGGAUGGGUCCAAGUCGACACUGGCGUUAUCGGCAUUGCAAUGUUUACUACUUCCGUCCUGACGGGCUUGGAUGCCUGGAGGAGGGUUGGACGAGACCUGGAGAGGCGCCAGGCUGCCUAG